AUGAGUUCACCCUCUGAAGAGCUUGAAAAAAUUAGAGGCCUAGAGGCUGCGUCAACUCCGCCUGCGCUUAAAGAGUUUGAAGAUGCAGCCGAGCUGGAUUCUCUCGCGUCGAUUGCUCCGGGUGGCACCGCUGGCAAAUCUACCAUUAUGGCAGAAGCACAGACUACGGGCACUGCCGACGAACUGAGUGGGAAGCUUGGCGCUUCCGGAGAGUUCCAUAAGCCCUCCCUUUCAAGCCGCCUCCUAGACAGUUUUGUGGGGCAGCAUUUGCUGUCUCCGCAGAGCGCCUCCACCAGCCACCUUUCGAAGUCGUACGUUCUUCCAGAGGAGCUGAAUUCAGGCUACUGGCCAACUACGCCUGUAGUAAGUGCCCUUGUAAAUGAGCACAGGUCUGACGGGAGAUGCAGCACGGCCCGUCAGGCUAUGACCGCUUCCAAUUACUGUCGGAAUGGUUGCCUUAAUCAUGGCACCGCUGAACAGAAUGCUGCAACCAGCUCUUCGUGGGGAGUAAUUGAAGAGCAGCAACACAGGCUGGAGUCCCUGCAGCAAGCAAUAUGCUAUUGUGAAGAAAGAAGCAGUAUGGGCAGGGCUCUUAGAUCCCGUGAGGCAGCAGUUCGCUCUCGCUUGCUGAAUGAGCAGUUGGAGCAGCAGUCGCAGCUGAGGAAAGCGAGAACAGAGAGAAACAACACGCUCAUAAAUGAAGCAGUAGGAUUUUCUCUUCGAAAAGCCAUCGCACCUCACCGUCCAGCAGCUGACCGUCUUGGUGCCUGUCUUUCUGUCCUACACAAGCAUAUGCAAAGGAGUUUGUCACCAUCUGAAUUUGCCAUCGCCUCUACAACACCAGGCAUAGGGGGAACACGACUGUCUGUCAGCCCAGCUCUGCUGCAGAAGGACUGUGAUGAGUCCCAAGGCAACAGUAAGGGCAUCGCGCCUCUAAACGUCACCUUAAGCACGCAAAGCUCAGCCCAGCAAGGAACGAGCCAAGGACGCGAAGUUAACAUAACAAAGCGUGACUCCAAUGCUCCCACAUCCAUAUUGUACGAAGGGGCAGCAGAUGCUCUCGCCGCAAGAGAGCUUGUACAGACAAGAGCGACCCUUCUGCUUCAGAAGCAGCACGGCACCAGCAACAAUGAUUCCUUGCAGCAGCUGCUUUCUCUCGAGGGAGAGGUGCGCGGGCAGAUGGCACUGCUGGGGGCUGGAGCUCACCGCAAAGUGGCAACUUCAACUGCCUGCGGAGAGCCGGCGAGUGCUGCGGAAGACUGCCAUGCAAACCCGCCCAUACCAGAGGAGACUUCAGGUCUGCACACGCACAAAAGAUUGCCUCAAUCUCCACCACAGCGCUUAAUUGCUGAUUCGCAGCUCCACUGCACAAGCAGCGGUGCGUCACAGAUCCGCUGCACAAGCAGGGGUGCGGAGACCAGUAAAGGGGUGUUACGUCAAACGAAUGCUCCUGUCCCAAGGAGCGAUAAUACGUGUUGCGAAUUGCAGCCUGCUUUUGGGGAGCAGCAGUGGAUCAAUCUUGCUCGUCAAAUCGCCGCUCUACAGGAAGUAGUCCUGCUUAAUCAACGGCAGCACCAGAAGGUGCAGCGCAAAAAGCGCCCUGAUCGACAGCGCGCCUGCUCUAGGGAGUCCAUGAAAAAAGCUGACCUCAUGAGGAUGAACACAACGGAUAGCAGCAGCGUCCCGUCCGACCCACUCGACGGCGUAACGGGAAGGCUGUCGUCCCCUCCGAAGGCAGUCGAGGAGUGCACAAUAUCUGGAGAGAAGAGUAAAAAUGAUACUACUGCUAGCAGAUGCAUACAAAUGAAGGAUAAGGCAGAGCGGGGAAGACGCUCAGCAGCUGAAGAGAGACUCAGGAGGCAUCGACAACGACUACAGGAGGAAAUUGAGCAAAAUGAUGGGAAAGAAGGCGGAGCUAUAAGAAAAGGGGGCGGCAGGAGAGGGCAUAAUGAUGGGCCCUCUGAGACCACCAACUUUACGUCCGUUCCUGAUGUACAGCAUCGUGACUGCGCACGCCCUGGGAAUGCUGCCAACAGCCAAUACAACAAUUGCGACAGCAACAGUAUUUGCGCGGCAGACACCGUCCACAAAGUUCGAAGCUUAUCGGGAACACCGCUGGCAUCAGCUACCCCACAGUCUCGCGAAGGUCUCAACGACGCCAAAGGUGGAGGCUCUUUAACUGCAGUACCCACCAAAACAAGCGAGCUAACCCAUCGGCCUCCACUUGUUGCGAAAGUGCCGCUUUUGGUGCGUCCUGCAGGAACUGAGAGACCGCCAGCUCCUACAGGGCAACUACGGCCUUAUCCGCCCUCAAGUACCCCUCGCCGACUACCGGUUUCCCUUGUUGCCCCAUCUGCUGCCACGUAUGAGACACCCUUGAAGGCACAGCUAUUAAACGAGAAAUCGGAGGUCGCAGGCACAAAGGAAAUGAUUACUGAGACUGACUCCAAAACUACUACACACAUUCAGAGGAACACCACGAAAGAAGGCAAUUCAAAGGCCAGUCACCAUGUUGCAUCUAGUCCCUUACCGCCUCCUGACGAAGUGACCAAUAUUCUGCUAGGCAUAAAAUAA